AACAAAGUUUUAGUUCAUCUUUGAAACUCAUAAAGUCUCUUCUUUUCCCUUCUUAAGAUAAUUGCGGAUGGUCACCAUGCUUCCUCUGAAGUUUUUCGCUGCAGUUUGUUUUUCCCUCACCAUGGUUGUUGAGACUGUUUCUCUGAGAUGCCAGCACCAAUUCAGGUGCGGGAAAAUCCUCAUUAAAGUCAGAUACCCUCUUGGAGUAGAGGGCGAUCCUCGAGGCUGUGGUGACCCUGAUGUUCGACUCUCUUGCGAGCGCAAUCGUACUGUUUUGUACUUAGGACCCAACUCCCAUAAAUAUUAUGUAGCUGAGGAAAGCAUCGAUGGCAAAUAUGAAAGCCCCUUAGAUUCGAUUCGCGUAAUCGAUCCUGAGCUGCAGAAGAACAACUGCUCCACCAUUCCACUUUACUCAAAUGUUUAUCCUUAUUUUUAUGAUAGUUAUUUAAGCCCGCAUUAUGGCGAUAAUCAAAUGCUAUUUCUGAUGCUGACUUGCAAGAAACCAGUUGUAGCUCCUCUAUACGUCGACACUGCUCCUUGUGUAACUGCCAAAGAAUUAUCAAACCUUGAGGGCUCGGAAAGCAAUUAUAGUUAUGUUGUCGUUGGCAAAAGAGCUAGUGAUCUGGUGGCUUCUGAUAUUGAAGAGACAUGUACCAUACACAAAGUCAUGUAUUCACGAUUUCAGCACUUUCUUAAUGAUAGCGCAAGGAAUAUUUCCUUCAAGGAGAUCCAUGACGCCAUGGCAUCUGGUUUUGAGCUUGAAUAUGGGAGAUAUUUCAACAUGUGUAAGAGAUCAAUUCCCGCAUGUGUAAGCAUGAUGGCAGGCGAAUUGCUAUCUUUCAUUGUUCUACCAAGAGCAAUUCUUGGCAUUAUACUCUUGCUUGCAUUUCUCAUCUACAAGUGCCAACGAAGGCAUUUAUCGGUAUAUGAUGCUAUAGAAGAGUAUCUCCAAAGUCGCAACAACUUGAUCCCUAUCAGGUACUCCUAUAAACAAAUCAAGAAGAUGACCAACAAUUUUAAGGAAAAGUUAGGAGAAGGUGGUUAUGGUUGUGUGUACAAAGGAACAUUGCGUAGUGGUGAACUAGUAGCAAUCAAGAUGUUGAACAAGUCCAAAGCUAAUGGCCAAGAAUUCAUCAAUGAGGUUGCAGCUCUUGGAAGAAUUCACCACGUUAAUGUGGUGCGAUUAGUGGGGUUUUGUGUAACUGCCUCAAAGCAUGCACUCGUCUACGAUUACAUGCCUAAUGGAUCCCUAGAAAAGUUCAUUUUCUCCGAACGUCUGGAUGGAAAUCCAUUAAGUUGGAAGAAGGCAACCGAGAUCGCCAUGGGUGUAGCUCGAGGGAUUGAAUACUUGCAUCAAGGCUGCAGCAUGCAAAUUUUGCAUUUUGACAUAAAGCCACACAACAUCUUACUUGAUGAAAACUUCACGCCAAAGGUUUCUGACUUUGGACUAGCUAAAUUACAUCCUGUUCAAAAUAAUACUGUAAGUCUAACUGCUGUGAGAGGAACAUUAGGAUACAUGGCUCCAGAAUUGUUCUACAAAAGGGUUGGAAAAGUCUCAUCCAAGGCUGAUGUAUAUAGCUUCGGAAUGCUGCUUAUGGAGUUGGUAGGAAGGAGGAGAAACCUUAAUGCACAUGCUGAGCAUUCAAGCCAAAUGUACUUCCCUUCAUGGAUAUAUGACAAAUUUGACCAAGGAGAGAACCUGGAAGUUGAAGAUGCAACUGAAGAUGAAAACAGAACUGCAAGAAAAUUAAUUUUGAUUGCAUUGUGGUGUAUACAGAUGACGCCAGAUGAUCGGCCUUCAAUGAGAGAAGUGGUGGAAAUGCUACAAGGUGAUCUCACAGCCUUGCAGUUGCCACCAAAACCUCUGUUUUAUCCUCCGGAUUCCCCUCGGCUGGUGCAGAGCAAUAGCUAUAGUAGUACUUGGGAAGAGUCAACAGGUGAGUCUGUAUCUCUUGAAGAAACAGAGUAAGAUGAUGCAGCUUAAUGAUCUAAAUUUAUAAAUGUCAAUGUCACAGCCUGUACAAUGUCCCUGUUUGCUAUACAAUAUUCCUUCAUUCGCGCGGUUGCCUAACUUAAUUCAAUGGGCUUUUUCUUUUUCACGUUAGUCUGGUCAAAACUGUCAAAAUUGUAUUUUAUUUUAUUUUUUUGGUUACUUUAUUCUGUGACCUUUCCAGUC